AGGAGGUGCAACUAGGUUAUUGAAUUGACUUACAUUGUCCAAUGGUCCUGACAUUGAACUUCUUGUUUUAAUAAUUACCUAACCUACCUAGUCAAGAAUUAUAACGACGAGACUUGUUUUUUUUUUUUUCGAUAGAGAGAAGAGUGUUCCAAUAUACCAACCAACGACUAUUUUCUUUCGCCAUCGGAUCAACUAGAAUAUAUUCUAUCACGCUGCCUAUACUUCUACAUAUACUUCUACUUUCGAAGAUAACAUUACAUCAUGGCCGAAGCAGCUCUUACCGACUUCCCGUCGCUCUUCUCCCUCAAGGGUAAAGUCGCCGUCGUCACAGGCGGCUCUCGAGGUCUGGGUUUAAACGGAGCUUCAGCCUUCCUCCAAGCCGGCUGCUCCAAAGUCUUCAUCACCUCGCGCAAAGCCAAAGCCUGCGACGCCGCCGUCGCCCAGCUCAACGCCCUGCCGAACCUGCAGCCCGGCGCCCGCGCCAUCUCCGUCCCCGCCGACAGCAGCACCCUCGCCGGCGUCGAGUCCCUCGUGGCCCAGGUCUCCCAGCACACCGAGCACGUCGACAUCCUGUUCGCGAACGCGGGCGCCACCUGGGGCGAGGCCUUCGACACGCACCCCGACAGCGCGUUCCAGAAGGUCAUGGACCUGAACGUCAAGGGCGUCUUCCUGUGCAUCCAGAAGUUCGCGCCGCUGCUGGAGAAGCGCGCCACCGUCGAGGACCCCAGCCGCGUCAUCAUCACCUCGAGCGUCGCCGGCUUGGGCGUCGGCACCACGGGCCCGCAGGCUACGCUUGGCUAUAGCGCGAGCAAGGCGGCUGUCAUUGCGCUGGGCCGCAAUCUGGCGCUCGAGCUGGGGCCGCGCCAUAUUCUUGUUAAUUCUAUCUGCCCCGGCUGGUUCCCGACUAAGAUGGCGACGGGUUUGUUGUCCAUGACGGGCGGCCUCGAGAAGUACGCUGCGCGCAACCCGAACAGGCGGCUCGGUAGGCCUGAGGAUAUCGCCGGCGUGGUCGUUUAUCUGUCGAGUCGGGCAGGAUCGCAUGUUAACGGCGCGACGAUACAGAUAGAUGGUGGUGCGUUGUGGGAUACGCACUCCCUAGAAGCCGGGUCGGCGGAGCCUAAGCUAUGAUCUGUAUGUAUAGUAUUGGUGGCAUAGCCAGUGUAGCAGGAGUUUUUGUUUACCAUGAUUAAUGAUAUUCGAGCCAUUACACAUGUUCUCAUUCUUUAUGUACCUUG